UCCUCCGUCAAUCCUCUUAUUUCUCUCACUUUGUUACUCUCUUUCAAAAACCCUCUCGAUAAUUGAUUCCGGCGAUGACGGUGGAGGUUGUUCCGCACCAGAAUGGUGUCGUUCUGGCUAACGGAGAUCUGAGCAACGGCAACUCUAACCCCGGCGUUGCCGCCAAGAAGUCUCGAGAGAGCGAACGGCGUCGUCGGAGGCGCAAGCAGAAGAAGAUUAAUAAGGCGUCCCAGGCGCAAGCGGAGUUGGCGAACGGAACUGAUGGCGGCGACAGUGAUGCUGGCGACGAUGAUGCUAAGGAGAACGCUAAUCCUCAGCAGGUUAUGGAGCCAGUUGUGGUUGAGUAUGUUCCAGAAAAGGCAGAGUUAGAUGAUGGUAUGGAUGAGGAAUUCAGAAAAGUCUUUGAGAAAUUCAGCUUCCAGGAAUCUGUUCCUGAGGAUGAGGAGAAAAAGGAGGAGUCUGCUCUGGAUGCAGAGCCAAAGAAGAAGGCUGAUUCUGAUUCAGAGGAGGAAGAACAGGACAACCAACAGAAAGAGAAAGGUGGCGUGUCAAAUAAGAAGAAAAAGCUCCAACGGCGAAUGAAGAUUGCUGAACUAAAGCAGAUAUGCUCAAGACCUGAUGUUGUUGAGGUAUGGGAUGCAACUGCAGCAGAUCCUAAGUUGCUGGUUUUUCUCAAGGCAUAUCGAAACACUGUUCCAGUGCCAAGGCAUUGGUGUCAGAAGAGAAAAUACCUGCAGGGGAAGCGUGGUAUUGAGAAGCAACCCUUUCAGCUUCCUGAUUUCAUUGCUGCAACAGGAAUUGAGAAAAUCAGACAGGCUUAUAUUGAGAAAGAAGACAGUAAGAAGUUAAAACAGAAGCAACGUGAGCGUAUGCAGCCAAAGAUGGGGAAAAUGGAUAUUGAUUAUCAGGUUCUCCAUGAUGCAUUUUUUAAAUACCAAACAAAGCCAAAGCUGACAACUCAUGGAGAUCUCUAUCAUGAAGGGAAAGAAUUUGAGGUGAAAUUGAGGGAGAUGAAACCAGGAACUCUAUCACAUGAACUGAAAGAAGCACUUGGUAUGCCUGAAGGUGCUCCACCUCCUUGGCUUAUCAAUAUGCAGAGGUAUGGUCCUCCACCAUCAUACCCUCAUCUGAAAAUACCUGGACUAAAUGCUCCCAUCCCUCCUGGAGCUUCCUUCGGUUAUCAUCCUGGUGGCUGGGGCAAGCCUCCUGUAGAUGAGACUGGGCGUCCUUUGUAUGGAGAUGUUUUUGGUGUUCAUCAGCAAGAACAACCCAACUAUGAGGAAGAGCCUGUUGAUAAGAGCAAGCACUGGGGUGAUUUGGAGGAAGAAGAAGAGGAAGAAGAGGAGGAAGAGGAAGAGCAGAUUGAGGAAGAGGAGCUAGAGGAUGGUAUUCAAUCAGUGGAUAGCCUUUCAAGCACUCCUACUGGUGUUGAGACACCUGAUGUCAUUGACCUUCGUAAACAGCAAAGGAAGGAGCCUGAGAGGCCUCUUUACCAAGUACUUGAAGAAAAAGAGGAAAGGAUUGCCCCUGGUACUUUGCUUGGGACAACACACACGUACGUGGUCAACACUGGCACCCAAGAUAAAAAUGCAGCCAAAAGGGUUGAUCUUCUUAAAGGUCAAAAAUCAGAUAGAGUGGAAGUCAGUCUACAACCAGAGGAAUUGGAAGUCAUGGACAAUGUUUUGCCUGCAAAGUAUGAGGAAGCUAGGGAAGAGGAGAAACUGCGCAGCCAGCGUGAGGACUUCAGUGAUAUGGUUGCUGAGAAUGAGAAGAAGAGGAAGCGUAAGAUGCAAGAGAAGGAAGGGAAAUCAAAGAAGAAGGAUUUCAAAUUUUAGGAAAACAAAUAUUAUUGUUUCUUCGAUUAGAGUACUGAGAUGCAAUGUAGUGUUUGCUGUAAUGAUAUAUAUACGUGAAAUACUCAAUCACUGACUCUCUUUAAUCUUACUGUUGUCUGUAAUGCGGAUGAAAAAACUGAGGCCGCGACCAUUUUUGUGUUGUCUUUGAAUCUAUGUGAAUGGAUUUGAGUCAUUUCUCGCUCAUAUUAUAAUUCAGGGAGGGAUGGUGAAGGAUGCCAUUAUUGACACCAACCUCUCUAGUACCAUAUACUAAGAUCAAAGUAAUUUUUUUAAAAUUAUUCUUUAUAUUUUCCAUUAUUAUUCCGUUUUUGCCAAUAUAUAUACUUCCAUACUUUCAUAUAGAUUGGUCCAUAGAGUUAGAUUAUAUAUUUAAGAUAGAGGGAACUCAAAAGCAUGCUCUUUUCUCAUCACCUUCGUACCCAUUUCCUUGAAUUUAACAAAUUUCAUUACCCCAUUAUCUCAAUUUGGAUCAAUCUCAUCUUCCAGCAAUUCUUCCAAUUGAUCUCUCAUCUUGUACCUCGAUCUCGAUCUAAAGGAUAGAAUUCAGAAAGUUAGCUGUUUAACAUUUGCAGAGAAUAUACUUAACUCAGGAAU